AUGGCUAACCAGGACGAGGAUGACAUACCCAUGCUUUUCGGGUCUACGUCUCGACAGUCAUGCACGACAUGGGCAUGUCAUUGGCCCACUUUAGCUGAGCCUAGGGAAAAGCUCAACGGAGGGGAAGUCAAGGCUCACAUUAAUGCCCUCUACGAAUCGGGUGUGCCAUUCUUCGCCAAAAAGGCAUUCCAGGAUGUGGUUGACCAGCUGGACAGUCAUCCCACUGCGGGAGAUGAGAUUAUCACCAAAGAUCUAACAGGUGCAUCUCUCAAAUGGAAAGUGAGACUCGGGCUGUCAAAGGAGCUUUGUGUCCGUGAUGACGAGAACAACUGGAAUGAGCAGGAAUUUACAUUUUCACAGUGCGCCUUGACAUACAAUCCCAAAGAGAGACUUAUUCGGGAUCUUGACCAUGAUAAGAUUGAUGUCCCUGAUUGGGCUUAUGCGCCAAUAAGCCUAAUUCAUAGCGUCGAUCGACCAGACAAGGAGAGUGAGACCCGGAAGUGGAUCCCAACAGCGCCCAUCGGUGAGCGUGAGGAUGUCGCUCAUGAUUUCCAGGAGAAGUCAGAGGCCUGGGAGAAAAGUGAGACUUGCGAGAACUUCAAGUCAAUCUUGCGCUCAGUGGUCAGUAACCAUGAAAUCGACAACAUCAUUGGAUUCGCAUGUGGAAGCAUUGCUCUGGAGGCCAACGAGCAAUGUGCUGUGCAAACUGCAUUGCUUCUCACUGUGAGGAACUGGCUGAAAGAGCGAGACCAAGAUAAACGCAUUCCAUGUUAUCUGCAGGAUCCGAUGAACACUGAUGUGGAUCGAGAGGUUCUUGCAGAUUGGGACGUUGAGAUACUCGAUGAUCCACGAGGCUGGCUCAAGGUUGACGAGAGAUCUGUUGUGCUCUCGGUAGCUCCCAAUGUGCCUGUCAAGGAGAUAAUUGCGGACAUUGCUAGACCCGCCAUUGCGAUCUGGUUCAAGGUUCCAGACAAGGAUGAAUACUCAACGGAUCCCAGUACAUCCAGAGUGAGGACAAUGAUGGCCGAUUAUGAUAUUUUUGAAUUUGAACCGACUGUGGACGGACUUCAUGGUAAUGUGAUGAUCUAUAUCCGGAAGUCGGCGAUCCCUCCGAUUCCCAACGCGGAUGGGACAUUCUGGCCUUUGAAAAUUGAGGCUGGACAAGAAAUUACUGAAGGUGUUCCAAGUGAACAGUAA